UGGGCAAUUUAUGACAAUUACAGAAAUAUUAUCAAACCUAAAGCGUUUGGCGUAGAUCUCUCAAUGUACUACAACUCCCAGGAUGCACUUUGACAAAAGGUUACGUGAGAUACCAAAGGCCUUCAUUUUGCGCUAUACUAAUAAUGUGAAGAGGAGGAGACGGGCUGAUUCGAGCGAGGAAGAUCAGACAAACAGGACCAGAGAGGGAGAAGUUCGAGAGACACAAGAGGUCCAUGUAUCUGCCCCGGCCCGGCUGAACCUGUAUCAACAGGGCAGGGGCAUCUCUUGUAGUUCUAAGCGGGAGUCAGAGAGAUCCAAACUGGCUUCAGGCAAUGGAGACGAUACGCCGGAGAACGACGUAAGUGAACAGACUUCAGAGGCCGCAACUGAACAAGUGGAAACCGAGACAGUCGAACAUAAACUGAAAAGUGAAAACAAAGAGAAAGAAAAAAAUAAAAGUGUGCUGAGUUUUGUUGAGGAUAAAGUGGAUGAAAAUGAAUUUAAAAUUAAGAAGCCGACUGCAAACACCAUUGUUUUCAAAGCACAGAAGAAAGAGCAAUGUCGACUAGCAGAUACAAAUACUGUUCAAUCUAAAGGUUGGGAAGAUCACAAGGCAGAGAGCAGCUCUGGAGAAGAAGGUGAUGACGCUGAAGGAGAUGAGAUGUCUGUAGGAAGCGAUGAUGACAGGAGCUCAAAAACAUCUAGUAGAUCCAGUUCUUCAGAAUCUGGGGCAGGUGAUAUCCCUAAUGCACAGCGAAUCCAGGCAGCCAGAAGGCAACGUCAGCUUGCUAGAGCGCCAAAGGACUUCAUUUCCUUGGACACAACCCGGGGGAAUAGCCCUGGAGUAAAGGAUCAAGAAGAUGGAGACAGCAACAACGAACCAGAUGAUCAUGAGCGAAGGAUCCAGUUUACACCAAAACCAAAAACCUUAAGACAGCGGAUAGCUGCAAAGAUUGGUAGGAGUGAAAGUGAAAGUACCGACAGCCAGGAAGAUGAUGAUCAGAAUCUGUGGGAGAAACAACAGAUCAGAAAAGGGACAAACAUCCCACAGAUUUCAGAUAUUGAUAAUUCCAGAAAGGUUGUGAAACAUUUCAAUUCUGCUGCAUCCCUUCCUCCAGUGAAUCUAGAAAUGAUAAAGAAGCGAUUAACUAAAAAGCUUGAAUCCAUAGGGCAGGUUCAUCGAGCACACCAGAGGGAGCAGGAGAAAAUUCAACAGGACAUUGAGAGCACCAAGACCUGUUUAGAAAACCUGCAAGAUACCUCUCCAUGCCUGCGCUACAAAUUCUAUAAAGAAAUGAGAAUAUAUGUACAAAACUUGGUAGACUGCCUCAGUGAAAAGAUCCAUAUGAUAAGUGAAGUAGAAUCGGAGAUGCAUCACUUGUUAAAACACCAAGCACAAGCUAUUUUGAAUCGAAGACGGGAGGAGGUCAAAGAGGAAUCUUUAUACAUCCAACAACUCACAAAUUACACUAGUUCAUCUAAUAUUGGGCAUAUGGACAGUGGAGAAAUAAAUAAAUGCCUUGUAGAACAGAAGGAAAGAAGGGCUCGCAGAAGUCAGCGGAAUGAGAACUCUGAGAACAAAGCAGGGCCCAAUGAAGGCCUAUAUAGUGACGAUGAAGUAGACCCAGCUAACAUGGCUGAGUUCCAGAAAAAGAGAGAUGACGUUUUAUGUGAGUCUCGGAAGAUCUUCGAUGAUGUUCAUGAGGACUUCCAUAACAUUAAGGACAUCCUUUCAAAGUUUGAUCAGUGGAGAAGCAGGUUUGCUGACUCCUACUAUGAUGCUUACAUUGGGCUUUGCCUUCCUAAACUUCUCGGCCCUUUAAUCCGCUAUCAACUUAUUGACUGGAAUCCCCUCAAGGAAGAUUGUGAAGACUUUGCGACAAUGCCCUGGUACACGGCUGUGGAGCAGUUUUGUUAUGGCAGAGAACAUGAAGGCUCUGAGAUUAAGUAUAACCCUGAUAUGAAAACGUUGCCCUCAGUCAUCGAGAAAACCAUAAUUCCAAAAAUUCAAGGUUUUGUGGAACAUAUUUGGGACCCUCAUUCAUCAACACAGACCCAAUGUCUAGUGAGGCUUUGCAGGAAGCUGGAAGAUGACUAUUCACUGUUUCAGGGUUCACAGAAGAAAGCAGUACAGGAUUUUGUUAACGCUGUAAUCAUGAGAAUGAGAAGUUCAGUUGAUGAAGACGUGUUUAUUCCUCUUUAUGCUAAAAAGUUCUUAGAGGACAGAAAUUCAUUGCAAUGUCAAUUCCAGGACAGGCAGUUCUGGUCAGCUGUCAAGCUUCUAGGUAAUAUUAUGCAGUGGGAUGGCUUGGUACCAGAGGAGGCAGUAAAAGAACUGGGUUUUGACAAGCUCCUCAAUCGCUACAUUCUGAUAACUCUUCUGAAUACUCAGCCUGGAAGAGACAGUGUGGAGAAGUGCAAGGAGACAGUGGCAUGUUUUCCUAAGAGCUGGUUUAAAGGUAUGAACAGCAGGUCUACACUGCCUCAGCUUAAACACUUCAGCAAGCACUUACACCAGACUGCACAUACCUUGUGCAAAAACAUCAAUGAAUGCAGCAUCAGGGAGAUUGCAGCAGAAGUUGUGGUUCUUCUAGUAACCAUCAAAGCUCUGGACCAUGCAGAUGAUAUUAUCAGGGAAUACCAGAUGGAAGAUUUGAAAACUUAUCUUGGCAUCAGUUAAUUGGGGAAAGGUUACCUAAUACUUAAGUUUAAAUAAGUAAAUAGCUGAAAAAAUGUGCUUGUAGCCCCAAUAUUGAGUUUUAAUAUUAGAUUUGAAAUUAAAUGAUUGUCAGGUUAAAACUCACUUAUUGAGCAGCAUAACUAAAAAAUACAAAUACAAUAAAAGACAAACAUUCAUAACAAUCGAGAUGUAAACAUGAAUAAAGUGUUUUUUGUAUUAUGUUUAAA